UCGUGCGUGUCGCGUGCCCAUUUUAUGUUAUAUAUAUGCAACGCAGCGUCUGCUGCACUCGUACCGUUACAUUCGUCGUGCAACGGAUUCUUGCAUAAGUGCUCCUCGCGAUUAUUAUUUUUCGCAACAUAUACAAGGAAAAUCAGCGGGAAUAAAACAUAGUAUAUUACGGGGAAAACAGAGUAUGUGUUCCAUCCGGUGUGUCUACUGCUAGUGUUGUUGUUGUUGUUGUUGUUGUUACUGCUGCUGUUACUGCUGCCGCCACCGCCGCUAUCGUUGCACUACAAUCGCUGUCACGAUGACAGCUCACGAAGAAUCUAACGCAUUCAGCAGCGCGACGUUCUGUUCUCGUAUGCUUUUGCAAGCGUACAAUGAUUAAUCCAGCGGAAGGCGCGAGACACCAGUCGUCACUAUCAGCGGCAGCGCUGACGUCGUCACAUCUCAAUCACUCUCAGGCUGCUACGAUACUACUACUUACUACUACUGUUGUUGCUACUUCUGCUGCUGCUAUUAUUCACGGUCGCUGACACUUUCGUCUCUAAUCGUCGUUUUGUCACACGAAAAACCGAGUGAAUGGGCUUCGCAACAGGUGACGCGUCAGUGAUAUGAUCAAGAAAAAAAGAAAAAUAAUAUCUAGUGUGUGUGUGAUACAAUACCAGCUUGUUGCUUUUUGAAAAUUUUGAUUUCGUGAAUUGUUCGUGACGCGCGAGUGGUGCCCGAGAGCGCGACUGGAUGAUCAUUGCCAUCGUCGCUUAACAUGGACAGCAACGUGAACGAAUCGGUGCCGAAUCCAAGGGAGAGUGCCAAUACCUUUUCGGUGCUGUUUUGGUGGUGGACAAUUGGCAUUUUCAAAAAAGGAUACAGUGAAAUUUUAGGAUUCGAGGAUUUAUACGAUCCUUUAACAGAAGAUAAAUCGGCUAAACUAGGCGAUCGAUUAGAGGCACGAUGGAGCGCAGAUCUGCAGAAGGCGAGAAAAACCAAAAAGCAACCGAGCUUGAUGAAAAGUGUUUUUCACACGUUUCUACACGAGUACUUUGUUUUAGGAGUGAUACAAUUUCUAAAUGAAUUGAUUCUCAGGUUGGGUACACCCAUGGCUCUGGGCAUGCUAUUGAAGUAUUUUAGCGUCAAUCCAGAUGAGGAUAAGCCGACGUACACCUGGGCACUGUUGUUUGCCGGCGCCAUUUCCUUAUCCGCGUUCAUCCAAGCUAUAACCAUGAACCAAGCUAUCUUUGGCGCCUUUCAUAUCGGCGGUAGGAUAAGAAUCGCCAUGUGCUCGCUCGUUUACAGAAAGGCGUUAAGAUUGAGCGCGACGGCGCUGGGAGAGUCAUCGCCCGGUAAAAUAGUAAAUUUGGUGGCGACCGACGUGAACCGCUUCGACAUCGUCUCGGUGUUCAUCCAUCACAUGUGGACAGCACCGAUACAGACGAUAAUCAUAGCCGUCAUACUCUUCCAACAAGCCGGUUGGGCCGGCUUGGCCGGUUUGACUUUCGUCGUAUUCGUAGUACCUAUACAAACUUACACCGGCAAAUUGUCCUCGAAGUAUCGCGGAGCGACAGCUCUGAAAACCGACGAGCGAGUUCGCCUCAUGGACGAGAUCAUCUCGGGCGUACAAGUGAUCAAGAUGUACGCCUGGGAGAAGCCGUUCUGCAAACUGAUCGAGCUGGCUCGUCGCCUCGAGCUCAAGGUCAUUCGCAAGAGUUCCUUCAUUCGCGGCAUCUACAUGACCUUCAACUUGUUCACCACGAGGAUGGCGCUGUUCAGCACACUGCUGACCCUCAUGCUCACCGACAAGAAGAUCACCGCGUCCGAGAUCUUCGUCUACUCGUCGUACUACAACAUCCUCUCGCACACCAUGUCCGGCAUGUUCAUUCGGGGCAUCGCCGAGAUCUUCGAGUGCAACGUCGCGCUGCGCCGGCUCCAGCGCUUCCUGCUGUUCGAGGAGUUCCAGGCCGGAAACGUGAAGAACGACACGGCUUUCACGCGCAACUGCAUCGAGAGCCGACAGCAAAUGACGACCAAAGACUUGCCGUUCAUCGACGACGAGGUGGGAUUCGACGAGAGAAACGGACGCGAUAAGGAGAGACAGAAUUUAGUUAUCGUGGCCAGUGACUUGCUCAAAAGAGACGGCUCCAACGAGUCUCUGGAGAACACGAAAAUUACAAAUCAGUACAACGAAGAAUGCGACAGCGAUCAAUGGUCCGUGAAAUUGAGCAACUUGCAGGCCAAAUGGAACCUGAGCUCGUCCGAGCCCACCCUGAACAACGUCGACAUGGAAGUGGAGACGGGCAAGCUGUGCGCCAUCAUCGGCCAAGUCGGGGCCGGCAAGAGUUCGCUGCUCUCGGCCAUACUCGGCGAGAUCACGCUGAUACACGGCAACGUGCGAGUCAAGGGCUCGGUCAGUUACGCCAGUCAGGAGGCUUGGGUGUUCGGCGCCACCGUCAGGCAGAACAUCAUCUUCGGCCAGGCCUACGACAGGCAGAGAUACAACAGAGUCGUGAAGGCUUGCGCGCUCCUGAAGGACUUCAAGCAGUUCCCGCAGGGCGACCAGACCAUCGUGGGCGAGCGAGGCAGCUCGCUGUCGGGUGGCCAGAAGGCUCGACUCAAUUUGGCCAGAGCAGUUUACAGACAAGCGGAUAUUUAUCUUAUGGACGAUCCGCUCAGCGCUGUCGAUACCCACGUCGGAAAACAUCUGUUCAGCGAGUGUCUGAUGAAGUAUCUGCGCGGCAAGACUCGCAUACUCGUUACCCAUCAACUCCAGUAUCUUCCGGCCGGUGUCGACGUCAUCUAUCUGGUCGACCAAGGCAAGGUGCGCCGAUUCUCGGAUUAUCGCGAGCUUCUGCGCGAACAUCCGGAAUACAACAGUCUCAUCGCCGAGAAGGACGAGGCGAACGAAGCGAGCGAGGAGAAGAGUCCGGAGAACAACAUGAUGAUGCGUUCCGUUUCCCAAUCGAGCAUAAGGAGCCACUCCAGUGCCCUCGACUCCGAUAACGAGGACGACCCCGAGGAUCCGGAAAAAACCAUGCAAUACUUGGAAGGCUCGUCUCGCGGAAUAGUGAAAGGCGAUCUCCUUAUCGCGUACUUCAGAGAAGGAUCAAACCUCUUCGUAGGAGCGAUAAUUCUUUUCUUGUUUAUUGUGACCCAGUUGAUGGCCAGUGGUUGCGACUUUUUCGUCCCAAUUCUCACUACGGCCGAGGAAUCUCGAGCGUAUUACAAAUUCAUACACGAGAACAACAUCAGCGAGAGCGAGGCCAAUCGCACGAGCAGCAUCAUCGACGAGGCGAGCAUCUGGUCGCGCGACAACUACAUCUACCUGUACACGUUCCUCGUGCUCGCGGUCUUCUGCAUCGGCAUGCUGCGCUCCAUCAUCUUCUACGUGGGCUGCAUGACCUGCAGUCAGCGUCUGCACGAUCUGGCCUUCAGCGCCCUUAUCCGGGCCAGCAUGCGAUUCUUCGACCAGAACCCGAGCGGCCGCAUACUCAAUCGUUUCUCCAAGGACAUGAGCGCCAUCGACGAGCUACUGCCCAAGACGAUGCUCGACUCGGGCCAGAUCAUCUUCCAGGUCGCCGGUGCGCUCAUUGUCAGUUGCAUGGUCAAUUACUACUUCUUGGUGCCGAUCGUCGUGAUCGGUGUGCUCUUCUACUUUAUCAGACGAGUGUUUUUGAAGACCAGUAAAAAUAUCAAGAGAUUGGAGGGAAUGACUCGUUCACCGGUAUUCACCCACCUGACGGCGACGCUAAAUGGCUUAACGACCAUUCGCGCCUGCAAUGCUCACGAGGUUCUCAAAAAGGAAUUCGACAAUUUCCAAGACACCAACACGUCGGCCUGGUACUUGGCCAUCACCACCAGCACGGCCUUCGGCUUCUCCCUGGAUCUGUUCUGCUUCAUUUUCACGGCACUGGUCACCUUCAGUUUUCUCCUGAUACAGACACAGAUUCCCGCGGGUAGCGUGGGUUUGGCCAUCACCCAAGUUAUGGCGACCACCGGAAUGAUUCAGUGGGGAAUGCGUCAGAGUGCCGAGGUCGCUAAUCAGCUAAUGUCAGUCGAGCGCGUCCUGGAGUACGCUUUCCUGUCGCCCGAGCCCAAUCUCCAGGACAAGGGCCUGUCAUCGAAGCAGGAAAAGAAGAAGAAGAAGCCGCAGGAAGAACAGGAGCUCAAACCUGUGCCGGCUGAUUGGCCGCAAGCCGGAGGGGUUCGCUUUGACAAUGUGUUCCUGCAAUACGCGGACAAUGAUCCGCCCGUCAUCAAGGAAUUGACGAUGACCAUCAAUCCAACCGAGAAAGUCGGUAUCGUCGGGCGGACCGGGGCAGGAAAGUCAUCUCUGAUCGCGGCUCUGUUCAGACUAGCCAAGAUCGAGGGUGUCAUCGAGAUCGACGGAAUCGACACCGGCAAAAUAUCCCUCGAAGAUCUCAGAAAGAACAUCUCCAUCAUCCCGCAGGAUCCGGUUCUCUUCUCGGGAACUUUGAGAAGGAAUCUCGAUCCGUUCAAUGAAUUUUCCGACGAACAGUUGUGGAAUGUACUGGACGAGGUUGAGUUGAAAGACGCAGUCAAGCAAACAAACAAUGGAUUAGAGAAUCGAGUCCACGAUCGGGGCUCGAAUUACAGCGUUGGACAGCGCCAACUGAUCUGUCUUGCUCGGGCGAUUUUGCGAAACAAUCGAGUCUUGAUGCUGGACGAGGCCACGGCCAAUGUCGACCCUCAGACCGACGCCCUCAUUCAGAAGACCAUCAGGACCAAAUUCGCCCCCUGUACAGUUCUCACCGUCGCCCACAGGCUCAAUACCAUCAUGGACAGCAACAAAGUCCUCGUCAUGGACAAAGGACGCCUUGUGGAAUUCGAUCACCCGCACAUACUGUUACAAGACAAAUUCGGCGAGUUCACCUCGCUGGUCAAAGAAACCGGCGAUGCCAUGUACGAGCAAUUGUGCAAGGUGGCCAAGGAAUCUUACGAACGCGAGUAUGCCAGUGUUAGAUUGAAUUCGUUGACCUAUUAAUAGAAUACAGUCAGUGUGCAAUUGCGUUUAGAAAAAAUUUUUUUUAUAUAGCUGAGGAUAUCAUUUCGAGUGACGGUAUUCGACGACCGAGUACCAAAAGUAUUAAUAAUUUUUCAUUAACAAAAUAUUUUCUAAUAUAUUGUAUUUGUAUAUAGAAUUUUUUAACGAGGCGAACGGUACUUUGUUGAAAGUGAAAAAACCUAAACAAAUGGUACUAUAAUAACCAAGUAAUUUUUUCAUACAAAUUUUAUGCCCUGGGUUAAGUAACCCGGAUUUGACGUGUGAUAACGACGACUUGUUGUUGCUCGCUAAUUGUUAAAUCAUUGUUGUAUAGUAUUUAUUGAAUGUUUUAUGUUUUACCCAUUGUAUUACCGACUCGACAAAGCUUAUUUUUAUACGAAUUUUUUACAUAAGAUGUUGUCAAAGUCGUAGUAAUAUUUUUAAAAAUGUGAAAGUAAUAGAUGCCUAUGUGAAUGAUGAGAGUGUGCGAAAUUGUUUAAUUUUAAUUUUAAAUUUUAUAUUAUGUACAUCAAAAGAUCAUUUUCCAGUAUAGACUGUUUUUGUAGUCUAGUUACGCUAUGGAAAGGGUUGAAUAAUUAUUAUAUAGUAAUUAAUCUUUUUGAGGAGUGCAAGUCUUACGACGUUCGUACUUAUAAGUGUUCAAACUAGUUUCUAAUAUAAAGUUUUAUACCUAUUUCUGUAUCAUUUACAAUUUGAUAUGAAUAAAAUUAAAGUGUUAAAAAA